AUGCCUCUUGCGUGUUUUGAGACCUACAGCAAUCUCCAGAAAGAUGAUGACUGCUUUAACGCGCGCUUACAAGAGAUUAACCGCGAAAUACAGGACAUUUUAGUUAAAACAACUCAACAGCGUGAGGAUUAUCUCGGCCCGUCUUGUGUGUCACCACAGCUUCGACAAACCAUUAAAAGUGAUCUGCAAGGUAUAGCUGGACCGCCUGCAGAUGUUCCAGCAACUACCCCAUCAAACUUAUUUUACGAAAGCCUAGCUGCUAAACAGAUACUGCAGUGUACGGAAGACCAGUUGCGUGCUCUGUUAGAGCCGUUAAUUGAAGCGAAAGUCCAUCAAAUGCUAAAGGUCCUUGUCGGCAAGCUGGAACGAACCCGAGAUCAUCAGGAGGAGACUAAGGCAAGUGUAGUUGCGCUUUCCGAGGAAUAUCAGGAGCAGCGAAGGGUUCUCCAAACCACACUAGCCUCCUUCAAGCACCAAGCUUCUCGAUUUCAACAGCUUCAAGCCGACUUCAAAGACCAUGAGCAGUGUUGCCAUGAGCAAUUGACUGCUAUUAAUGACACCUUGAGUGCUUUCAACGGAAAAACGCAGCUCAGUGAACAACGUACUGCGCGCCGCCUAGAUGAGCUGGCAAGACACCAUCAUGAAACCAUUCGUAAUUCUCUGAUAGAUAUGGAAAAUCAUGUCCUUCAAUGGAAAGGCGAGCUUGAAGGUGUAGUACACCGACAAGUAUCGGAUUGGAGAGUAUGGAGUGAUGAACUUGAAGCGCACUUGGCCCGCUCACAAGGGGUGCUUAGCAGCGUUGCUGAGAUCGUCAACAAACACACUGUCGACUUACGUGAUUUGAUGGAAACUGAACUAGAGAAGCGUAGUGAGGUCCGUUCGUGCCGACGCGAUGUGAACCGCCUGGAAAUGCUGCUUCGGUGUGGCGGUAGUCUUUUAUAUACUAGGGAGGACCGCGAAAUCGCUGACGUCGUGAACUAUCGUGACAACAUUCAACUGAUUGAUCGAGCCAAGGCUUCCGAACCAAGCUCUAUGGUCUUGGUCCAAGAAAUUAGUCAUACUAAGGAGCAAGUUAGUUACCUUGGUAGUCGAAUAGAGGAGUUGGAAAGAUGUCUUGGAGAGCUGAGUCAAACACAUGCGCGUGGCGACGGUAUUGUUAACAGAGGUGGGAUAACUCGGCACGAGGUAACACCGCAAAAGCGUGUUCAGGACGAGGUCCUUACUAGCACUAGACAUCAAAAUUCUGCAACAGCAAACAUGUCGGGUCAAGUACCAUUUCACUCCUAUCUGUCAUCAACGUCUACUAUGAGGUCUCCCUCUGAACGUCAACCGAAGCUAAGCAAUACAAUAACAGGCAAUGUAAAGUCUCGAUUUUGUUCCCCAGAGCAACAACCACACUGGAGAGCUACUCAUUUGGACAAAAAUUCUGCUUUUUUAUUUCCUCUGGAGCGCAGUGGUAGCACUCGGAACUCAGAGCACGAAAAGCCUGUUCAGCGUGUAGUAGCGCUCGAAGCGAGCAUGCGGAAUUCCCGCCCAGGCGAGCAAUAUGUACAUAAUAAAAUUCACCCUCCGCAGUACUCCUCAGUGUUACCUCAUGAGGAGUGUGCGAGCGAAGUUAAGGUAAAGGAAGACCUCAAUACCCCACUCAGUGCCAACAAACGGGAAGACUCUUCUUCUUUCUUGACAUCAAUGCACAAAAGUCUAUCUCUACAAGAGGAUCGACUAGUGACUGACGAUCUGAGACGAGCUGUGGGCAACGAUGCUGAUGUUGAGGAGACCGAUUCAUAUCGAAGCAGAACGGAGUCUGCUACGCAUCACCAGCACCUAGAGGAACAAAUGAAAGGCAACGAGGAUGUCCUGCUAGUACGUCCCGACCAAUACCCGCCAGCCCCUGCAAGUGAUUCAGAAAGCGAGCGAAAUAACUAUAAGUUGUCUAGAUUGGCGAUUGACUAG